CUCAGCACACGCCUCCCUCUUGAACCAGGUGGAUGUUUCUGAGGCUGGAUGCUAGGAUCCACGCAGGCCAGGAUGGAUCCGAUGCUGGUGCUGACCCAGAUUAGCGAAUCCGGACCGGUCGUCGGUGUUCUGGGGAUGUGACGUUUAUCUCUGAUGAGCCACCGAUCCUGAUCCUCAGUAGUCCUCAGUACCUGGAGGAAAAGCAACAUCUGUGUGAGGAGGGAAGGGAAGCAGGCCAAGUUUGUGGUGGAGGGCCCAGCAGAUGGUGACACUGCAGCAGCACUUCUCCAGAAUGGAGGAGACUGUGCGAACCCUACUGCAGAACCAGGAUUCAUUGGAUGGCACCAAGGUGGACCCACUGGACCUCAUGAAGGCAUACAAGGACAAACUGUUAGAGGAAAUGUGGAAGCAGCAAGACAGUCUAGAGGGGCCGGCAGUUUCAGAAACUGAAACGUUGGGGUCUCUGGAGGCUGGAGGUGGUCUGGAGGAAAAUUUUAACAGCAAUUCCCUGCUAGAACGACUCAAAGCUCUUGAGGCUGAAAACUCUGCUCUGUCUUUGGAAAAUGACAACCAGAGAAAGCAAUAUGAGCGCUGCCUAGAUGAGGUAGCCAAUCAGGUGGUCCAGGCUCUCCUCACUCAAAAGGACUUGAAAGAAGAAUGUGUAAAGCUGCGCACCCGCGUCUUUGACUUGGAGCAGCAGAACCGUCUACUAAGCGUCUUGUUUCAACAACGAGUUCGAAUGUCCCAAAGUCCUGCACCCCAGGAAAUCCAAAGGAAUGGCAAAGUAGGUAUAACUGCGGGAAGGUGGCCCAGUCUCCUGAGUCUAACGUGCCCACGUAGUAGCGGAAGUGGUAGUGAUCUGUCUUUAUCCAGUGCUGGUAGUGAAUACUCCAGCGGCUCACACACAUGGGCUGAGGGACGAGGCCUCUCCAAACAGUGCGUAACAAGCAGGGACAAAAGGAUGAGUAUAGGCUCUGUAUCUGGUCAUCAGAAUGACUUUGGCUGGAAGGAAGGCCACAUCCUGAAAGGUCUGAAGCGUCUUCAGAACAGCGUCUCAAAAGAGAAGGCCUCUCCAGGUGCCGUUCCGCAUUGCAAGGACUGCAUGACAUCCAACGAGGGUAUCUACUCUCUGGGCAUCAAAAGUAACCUGACAGACAAGACAAAUAAAAAUGUCAACGGAGGAAUUGCCGUUAUAGACUCUGAUGAAAGUAGCAAUGACUCAAAUAUGUCACAAAGUCAGGGAUCCAGUGAUAACGCGUCAAUAGAAGUUCAGACAGAUGAUGGCACAAAAGAACCUUUGGGGAAGACCGUUUCUGAUAACUUCACAUUCCCGUUGGAACCACCAGUGAAGCUUGAAAAAGAAAGCCUAAAACAACCCUCACAAGCAGAAACCGAGAACUCAAGAGACAUGUUGAGCGACAGCAACAACAACCAGGAACACCGUAGCGACCGUAAAUCCCGGCUAGACCGCAUGGACUUGGAAUACCAAGCAAGGGAUGCAAACCCAGCUGUGAGACAUUCUGCCACCAAAGCUUUGAGCUGUGUGAGUGAAGCCAGGCAACGCAGCUCUUCAGCAGAGGUUUCUCACCACAGGGACGGUGGGAUUUCAAAGAACCUAAAGCCCAAACCACAGGUUUGCGACUCGGCCAGGAAGGCAUUCAUCCUGCGCAGCAAGAGCGCCGAUCCUGGACCGGAACAACACAAACACAUCCACUCACCUCUCCAUCAAAACCUCAUUCGUGGCCACAAAUCUGGCAGUCCUAACAAAAGGGCCAAUCACGGUAAACUACACAUUUCGGCUCAUGAUGCAGAAACAGAUGAAGAUUCUGGAUCGACUUGUAAAUCUUUGGACCGUAUACAACAACGCUCACCUCUUGCGUCGCCUGUCAAAAGUGCUUCAGCGACCAAAACUAUUGCAGUUGAUGAAGGCUCAAAGACUCCACCAACACAGCCGCAAUCCUCCAGAAUUCUCUCCAACAAUGAGGAGACCAAUAACGUACAACACCAGGAGCAGCUCUCAGACACGUUCUCUUCAGAAAUCAUACCUACUUCAGCUCCACUUCCGCCUAGUCGAACAACUUCGCUCCUCCUUAGAACAGCGUCGGACUCCAGACGUAUGGGACGUCCUCAGAGCGCCACUGUGGGAAAGACUACAUACGGUCACCAAACCAAUGUUACACCAGAAAAUCAAGCAACCAAAGUUGUCUUCACUGCCCAUUUGUCCAACAUACCGUCUGUCCCCAAUAAUGAAAUGCAGGGCUCAGAAUCAUCUGUUGAGAAAACAGUCGCGUACCAGAGUGGAAUGGUCACACCCUCUUUGUUACCAAACCCAAAUGUCUUACAAAGAUCUCAGCAGAGCAUUAGUGAACCAAAACUUUCUGAAGUCCAGCCUCAGACAUAUUCCAAUGUCUACUAUCACAACUGUCAGAGUUCCGGGUCCAGAGCUGUAAAAAAGUGUCUUCCUGCCAACGCCAGAUCCCACGAGGCAAUCUCAGGACCAGAAAGCGGUACAUUCCUCAUGUUCAGUCGGCAGAACAAAGAUGAUGCAAACCCAUCCAUGAAAAGCAUCCAAACCUACCAGACAUACAUUUGCGACCCUCACAUGAUGCAUGAAUGGGGCAAAGCCCGCCGGAAGAUUGAAACCCGUUGUAACUCUCUUGAUUCCGAACCCUGCAAUGCUGCCGUCACAUCUGAUAGUGGUGGAAUGCUGGACUGGGGUUUCGACGAGGAAGGCUGGCUAUUCAAGCGUUCUGUCUCCGUGUCCACUAGACCCCCUCUGAAGCCAGUCAUGGGCAUGAAUGGUGCCAAAGCUCGAAGCCAGAGCUUCGGAGCUCGCUACAUGGACCGACCCAGCUUCAACCGCUCUGGGAAGGUGCGCACCCAGAUAAAAACACACUCAGGGAGCUCUUUAAACUCCCUGGGUGACAUUCUACCAGGAAGCAUGAGCUGCUCCAGUAGCUAUCACUGCCCGAUGAACCGAUCUCUCCUGAACAACUUCCUCAUCGAAGAAGGUCUGGCUGUUCCUCCAUGUCUGGGCUCAUCCAGUGAAAGACUCCAGAGUCUGAAACUCCAACGAGAACAAGCCAGACGCCUUCAGAUCGAGCAACAGUUUUCCAGCGCCUUUGGAGAACCUGUCUGUGAAGAAACAGAGAGGCAGAGUACCAUAACUACCAUCGAGGAGAAGGUAAUGCUUGGUAUCGAGGAGAACUUGCACAAGUCUCAGGAGCAGGAAAGGAGUAGUGAAGUCAAGCAGAAAUCCGGAUCCGCCUUGGCCAACUGGUUUGGGUUCCGCAAGGGUAAGCUUCCUAUCCCCAGUGGCAAGAAGACGGACCCGGCAAAGACAAAAGAAGAGAAGAAGGAUCAAAAGAUUACAUCACUGCUCGGAGGAAAGCAGACAAAGACGGAUAAGAAGAGAGACCGCAGAAAAAAUGAUGGAAAAGACUGCUCUGUGGGAAGAAGAGAGUCACAUGAUGCAGUGCGAGCAUGCAUCUCAAUGCCUUGCCCAGGGAUAUCGAUUCAAACACAAGGACAUAACGACAUCACUGGAGACCCACAGAGAACUGAUGGUGAAAACGGAGCUCUCAUAAAGACCGCACUUCAGGAUGCAGUUAUUGGGUCUGGCUGCAAGAUGCGAACGUUGGACAGUGGAAUCGGGACCAUCCCCCUCCCUGAAUCCUGCUCAUUCUUCUCCUCCAUCCUGCACCUCCUCCCCAAGUCCUCUUCAUCAACCCCCGAGCCCGAAUCCUCUCUCAAUUCUGUCCCGGACUCCUCCUGCGAGGAGGUGUCCCCGUUACCCCGUUGGAGGAUUCCUUCCGGUUUCAGGGACGAGCGCACCGGGGUACCCAAUUCUCUGUCCGACGCGACCCACAUCCAGUCAGUGCCUUUCCCUACCGUGGCCUUCCUCCAGCCCGUCCGACCCCAACCUGAACCCAUUGUGACCUCUGCCCGUGUGUGUGAUUCCCACAACAGAACCCAGAGACCCCCCCAAGGUGGCAUUGAACCAAAGAGGCUGACCUAUAUCAAAACCAAGACAAGAACCCCUCAGAGCCAACAGAAAGAGCAGACCAGACUGCAGCUCGCAAACUAGCAUAUGACUCCACUGGUUAUUGGGAACCUACAGGAGAGCUCCCAAAAGCUCCCAGACCUCGAAGUGGACUGCAUGCAAGACUUACACACUAACUCCUUCAGAUAUUCACGCCACCCGAUUGCGGUUUGAGAAGAACACACACACACACACACUUCCGUUGUCUCAUUUAAACAACACAACCAAGACUAGUUCUAGUGUCUGGACGACUGCUGUAUUUAAUCAGUUGGGAAAGAUUUUGACUCCCUCCAGCAGGCAAUAUACAAAGUGCACAAAAUCUGGGAACAGGUUUGUUGAGAAAAACCUCCACCACUUAUUUUCCCGAUGGUGAUGUUUUUGUUGGGUUUUGAUCAUAUUUUGUUCCAGAACAGGCUCACAGUUGAUGAACUUGCGCAUAUGGCAAAUCCACACAUGUUGGUCAGAACCACGUGCCCUCGCAAACCCGUUGUCAUGGCGAAUCCUUGAAAAAAUGAUUUUGAUGCCAUGCUGCGACCACAUACAGUAAAUGGCUUUUGCUUAAAAAAAAAAAAAAAAAAAAAGAAUUCACACAGCGCAUCAGUCUAGUGUACCUGCUUCUGAUUGGGCCUCAUUUAAACAAAUUUUCCAGUUGGAGUUUAGCCAAAAAGGUUGCUGUGACAUGAAAUGGGACUUCCUGUUCAAUUUUGGUCAUGAGUCCUAAAGAUUUUUUUUCUUCACCCAAUUUCUGGCAAACUGGUGACUCAGGCUGAUUGUCUUUUUCCUUCCCAAUUUCUAAUAAGUAGGAGGCUUUCAUUUCACCUAAAAUGGAUGCAUUAUCCCAAAAUGGCCACAUUCUUAUUUUACUUCAUGCAUGAUUUCUUGUGACUUUUUGCAUGUCAUCUUUUGAGACAUUUCCACCCAACUUCUGUUUUCCUCAUCUUUCUAGUGCUUACAUUUUCACUAUGACAAACAGUUUUCGAGUAUGUCGAGUGCAGAGUUUUGCCCCACAAAAAAAAUAAUGAAUUCCAAAUAAAAAGUGGUUCAGUCCACUGAGUGGGCAAAGUUUUUUUCUUUACUUUUUCUUUUUUGCCUUUGUCUCCGUUCGACAUUGUCAUCCUCAAACUUUUUAAUCAAGGCACUGUAUCGCUUACAUUUUUUUUAAAUAUGGAUGAGUUAUGUUUAUGUUAAGAGUUCACAGCAGUGAUUAAAAAGUACCAUGAAUUACAUUUAUUGAUGUAAAGUGAAAACCUCAGCGUGUUGUUAAUCAAAUGAAAUACCGUUGGAGCUAUGGACAUUUAAAAUUACAUUGCAGUCUCGGUCAUGGGGCCGUGAUUUUUUUUUUUCAUGCGUCCUUUCUUCUUCACCUUGUCCACCCAAUUUUUGUCGACUGGUUAAAUUGUUGUCCUGUUCUCAUUUUUCAACUUUCCAGGGGGCACCCAGCUAAAAAAUUUCUAUAGUAAUUCUAUAGACAUCUAUAGAAUUCUAUAGAAUUGGCACAACUUGUUCUAUAGAACUUUGGUUGUGAUUUUCUAUAGAAUUUUUACAGAACAAUAGAAUUUCUAUACAACUUUCUAUAGAAAUUCUACAGGACUUGGGUCCCAAAGUUCUAUAGUUCUUUAGAAAUUCUUUAGAAAUGUUCUAUAGAAAAUUUUUAGCAGGGCACUAUCAAGCGACCUUUAGGGAACCUGAGCACCAGGAGGAGCUUGGGCCUGGCUCGAAUCACCUUGAUAUGCCUGAAAAUGUAUACAAGUGUGUGUAUCUUGGGGAAAAUCUAUCCAUUUUAAGGAUCAAAAACUACUGAAUACUCAAUCGGCUAAUCUUUGAAAUUUUAGAAAAAAAUACAUCACCCCCAGACACCAGUUCCACCAAUCAACAGACAACUCGGUUGGCAUAUCUAUCAUGAAAGGAUUCACCAAAAGGUCUCAAGGACCCGUGGCCAGAACCGAACAGGAAGUCAGGCGUUAUCGUUUGGGUGAUGACUGGACAACAAUUUCACUGACGUACAUAAAACUGGGUGGACAAGUCCAACGUAAAAGGAAGCGUGAAAAAUACUGACGGUAGCCAUGCUUGAAAUCUAACAGGAAGUUGAACAUUUUGUGUUAAAGCGGCCAUUUUAUCCAAACUACAGCCCCCCUGACUUUGUUUGAAAAUUGGUUCGGGGAUAUUAGCCCCUCGGACCAGUUUUACUCAUCAACUCAAAAUUGGAUGAACAUGUCUAUUACCGGCGGCACCGUGGAUCAGCUCGUAAAGCGUUGGCUUCAAAGUUCUGAGGUCCCGUGUUCAAAAAUGUGGAGUUUGCAUGUUCUCCCCGUGCCUCCGGGCACUCCGGUUUGCACCCACAUCCCAAAAAUAUGCAACAUUAAUUGGACUCUCUAAAUUGCCCCUAGGAGUGAUUGUGAGUGCGGCUCUUUGUCUCUCUGGGCCCUGCGAUUGGCUGGCAACCAGUUCAGGGUGUACCUUGCCUCCUGCUCAUUGACAGCUGGGUUAGGCUCCAGCAUUCCCCGCAACCCGUGUGGGGAUAAGCGGCGGAGAAAAUGGAUGGAUGGAUGGAUGGAAUGGAUGGAUGGAUGGAUGGAUGGAUGGAUGGAUGGAUGGAUGGAAGGAUGGAUGGAUGGAUGGAUGGAUGGAUGGAUGGAUGGAUGGAUGUCUAUUACCACAGGACCCAUGAAAAACUCGACAACCCACAUGCAGUCAGAUGUUUUGGUAUGAAGCGGCCAGUUUAGGUGAAUUCCAAGCUUAGCACUUUACUAGAUAAUCGCAGAAACAAAUCGGCUCCUGGAUGGCAGUUUUACCGAUCAACACGAAAUUGUGUGGAUAUUUCACAGGACACAGCGAGAAGUCUGAAGGACCUAAGCAUGAAGUUGAAGAGAACAUCAGCCAUUUUGGUUUAAACAGACACAUUUGGGGGAAUUCUUGGGCUUGCACUUUAACAACCAUUGGCCAGCCAAUACACCCAAAUGAGUCCUUAUCAGACGCAGGUAUUGUAGAAAGAUGAUAAACUGUGCAACUUUUUUGUCAGUGGAACCACAUCUAGGCAUUAAAUGAUCAUUUUGAGGAUUCAGAGUGAAACUUGCAAAGCGAGGACCGUUGGCUGCUCCACGUUGCGUUAAUUAUUGCAUUGAUCGCUUUAUAUUUUCCGCUGGUAAACCUUGAUAUACAGUAAAUAUGGAUUCAAUCUGAAGGACAUCUGAAGCAAACCUUUGACGGGAGCCGACAAUCACGUCGGGAGCGUUAACCUACGUGCACUUGAUGCAGCACAUUGAGCAACGUCGCUCUUCUUUAUUGUGCCAGCGUGCUGGAUGUGGAUCUGUGGAGUUGCCGUAGAACCAUUCUGACUGCUUUCAUGACUACAGGAGCAGGAAAAUACGACGUGACAAGUGCUGCACUCUUGACUGUCUGUCACAUAUCACAAAUACUGUAACGGUCACUUUACAAUGCUCUUGUUAUGGGGGAGGUGCAAAUCUGUCCAUGAUGGAUUUUUUUUUUUUUUUUUUUUGCAUUGUUGUCAUUCCAACAGCGAUGACGUCAGGACAACCCGAUGAGUUUGUGCAUGGAACCUUAGCGUACUCGCUCAGGGAAGACGUGAUAAUUGUCCCUGAUCGAAGCUGUGGGUUUGAAAAGAGGAGUUUUGACAGUGGUUUAUCUUUUCGAACGCACAUUAAGAUGUGUCUUGAGUUGAUCUCGAUAUUUACCUCGUUAGUUUGUCUGUGCAUUAAUCUGCAAGGAUGCCACGCUGCUUGUCUGCUUAGUUUCUCACUUUAUUAUCUACAUAUUCUGUCAUUUCUAGUGAUGUAUAGGUGUUACUAUUUACAUACCUGUUUUUCCCACUUUUACAUGCUUUGCGGCCACUUCCUGUUUCGCUGAAGCUAAAAGCAGUGCUUAACAAAUAUACUCGGCCACCUUCCCGUCUCAGAGAGCAUCCUGCGUCGUGGAGUUCUUUAAAUGCAAAUGCUUUCAUUUGCAGCUCCCUCUCGAUGCUAAGUAAAUAUUUGACAUUACAAUCAAAUAAAUGAUCACGUACAUGGGUUUUCUUUAUUUUUUUCCCUAAAACAAUACUUGCCAUACUAAAAACUCGAGAAUAACAAUAAUAUUUAAAUAGAAUAACCCUUGAUACCUUUUCAUGUAGCCUGCUAUUGUGCACGUCCACCCAAUUUCUCCCAGAGUCUUUAAUUUUAGAUGUUUUCAUCCGGUCUGUUGUUGUAGCGAUAUCCAUCAAAUGUUAACAUCGCUCAAUAAAACCGAUUGUUAAAACUGAUGUCCAUCGUUAGGGUUUUUUCUAACGUUCCAUCAGUGCUACUGAAUGAGUUUUGGUGCAUAAUUUUCCGGACCUCUAAAAUGGGGCACAUUCUGAAAUCUUUCAUAACAGCGUUGUAGAAAUUGGGGUGUUUUCAGGCGUGAGGUAAAAAAACGUGAAAAUCUUAAUACAGGCAGUCCUCGGGUUAAAACGGUCUCGACUUAAAACGUUUCGACUUAACAAUGCUGGUCCCCCCCAUCCUCUACUUUAGCUAACUAAUGUGCAUAGUGCUCGUCCUAAAAGAACAUCCAUUGCCAUGGAAACAAAGAUCAGGAUCAUAAAAAGAUCGGAGAAAGGAGAAACACCGACACACAUCGGUAAAGUGCUAGACUUUAGUCUGUCGACCGUGGUGACAAUUAUUAAAGACAAAGCCCGUAUUUUAGCCCGUGUGAAUGGUUCCGUUCCUAUGUCGGAUACAGUGAUCACAAAACAAGGUUCUGUGAUACUUGUCGAUAUUGAAAGACUACUUAUGUUAUGGAUUGAGGACCAGAUUCCUUCGCAAUAGCUAAGCACAGCCUCCCCUUCUUCUUCUCCAUCCACCUCUCAUCAGUUAUGGUAAGUACAGCAUUUUAUUUCUUUAUUUCAAUGUAUUUGUUUUUUUAUACAAAGUAUUUUGACAUAAAUUCUGACUUUAAUGGUGAGAUUCGACCCACAACGAAAUUCGAGUUAUAUCACCAGCAUAGGAACGGAACUUGUUCAUAACCCGAUGACUACCUGUACUGUCUAUGGGUGAAAAACAACUCAACUUUCCAGGGGGAUUGUGUUCAGAACCCCUAAAAUCCAUACUUUUUCACCAGAAUACACUUACUUGCCAAAAAAUUGUUAGUUUUUCUGAAUGUCAACACCCCUCCCUUCAAGAAGGCAAUUCUUUAGUCUCAAAUUGACAUUAAAUGUGAAAAUAUUUUGGUAAUUGAGCCCGCAACCUUUAAGCAAUUUGUUAAGCACUGUACAUUUACAGAAAAUGAAGGCACUAUCAUUUACAUAUCAAUCCUGUCACUAUUGAGCCAUAUUGAUAUUUUUGAAAACGCUUUUAACCGUAGCAAUAGACCUCUUAUUGACCUCUUGACGCGAACUAUGCUCACUUGUUAUAUGCAUGUUGAUGGAAAAAAAAAACAAAAAGGGUAGUGAUGUUUUUACCUGUAGCAACACAAAGGUCUUAUAAAUGUGUGAGACGGUUUUUCAUUGAUCAGGGAAGCGAUUGGCAACACUGACAUACGGGUAGAUAGAGCUUGGCAUUGUUAUAAAAAAAAAAAAGACUCAUCAUAACGAGUAUUCAUAUUGUAUUUUUCUAACAUUUACCUUGUAUUUAUUACACACUGCACUGAUUGGUGGACUUUUGAGUUGAUUGCACUUUUAUUGUAAUUCUUCAGAUGUUGAUGUGUUUUUAAUAAUCCCAUAAUCACAGUGGUGUUUUUCGUGACUGUUUUCUUUGGAGUCAUAAUUUAUGAAAUUGUAUCUUGCUUUGUUUUUAUGUUG